AUGGAUGAGCCCAUUUGUUACAAAUUUAUGCAAAAACUAUUUACUGGGAGACCAGGUUAUGGUAUACCUUUGGGUGAUAGCUUUCGAAUUUAUCUUAGUCUUGAAAGCUUUAAUGCGCUUAUUGGGCGCAUGAACAUUUUCAGGUUAAAGCCGAUGAAAAUACAAGAAAAUAUCUUGACCGAUAUGAGGCUUCAAGAUCUCGUUCGUUGGUGGUUCCAUCGACGACAGUUCAGAGCACGUGAAUUGGCUAUGGAUGAGGCAGAUAGGUUGCGUGAACAGCAGGAAAUUGAGCUUGAGCAACAUCGAUUACAGACGCUUGAGGAAGAAAGAAAGCAGCGUGAAGAAGCUAUGGAAGCAGAAUUAAAUAAGAAAUUUUAACGCUUGCAACAAAUGGUGCUUCACAAAAUAAUAGCGUUAAACCAAAACUAACUCUUAAUCUUGCAUCAAACGUCGCGCGGCAUUAAUGGCCCCGGCUGAAGAUGAGGAAUUUGACGAUGAAGAAGGUAUUGAAUCAAAACGUAAACAAUAUAGUGAUAAUGAGGACGAU